AUGAUAAUACAUAGUGAUACAUGGCAAUACAUGGCAAUACAUCGCUAUACAUGGCAUUACAUGGUAAUAAAUGCAAUACAUGGUAAUACAUGGCUAUACAUGGCAAUAUAUGGCUAUACAUGGCUAUACAUGGCAGUACAUGGCAAUAAAUGGCUAUACAUGGAAGUACAUGGUAAUACAUGGCAUUACAUGGCUAUACAUGGUAAUACAUAGUAAUACAUAGCAAUACAUGGUAAUUCAUGGCGACAAAUGGCAGUACACGGCUAGACAUGGCAUUAAAUGGCUAUACAUGGCAAUACAUGACACUACAUGGCAGCAAAUGGCAACACAUGGAAAUACAUACCUAUACAUGAUAAUACAUGGCAAUACAUGGGUAUACAUGGUAAUACAUAGUUAUAUAUAGCAGUACAUGGCUAUACAUGGCAUUACAUGGUUAUCCAUGGCUAUACAUGGCAAUUCAUGGCAAUAUAUGGCGAUAUAUAG